GGGCAAGGCUAGCUCCAACGAACAAACAAAAACAAAACAAUGGAGACUGAAGUCUGGCUAGAUUUUUCUUCGUAAUAACUGAAGCAAAUUCCCAAGUCAACCCUUGUUCGAGUUUGACAAAAAAUGUUGAACAUUACUUAUACGUCCUGGUAUUCGUGAAAGAUAAACUAGUCAUCGUCUUUUUUUCUUCUUAAUAACAGGUUACAGGGAACCUAAUAGCGGGCCAUCCCACCGCGCAUUCGACAACGACCACGACGACAAACUCCCCCACACUCAGCAAGCUAUACUGGGGCUGAAAGAAAGGUGCUUUAAGCCUCACGGCGGGGAGCUUUUGUUGUUUUCGAAUUUUUUCGUGGGCUUCGCUUCGCUGGUGAUUUUUGUUGUCUUUUUGGUUCUCAAAACAGUUUCUUUUUUUUCCACAGUUCGCAGUGCCCUUGUCCCCAAGUCAGCAGAAAUCGAAACCCCCCGACUCCCGAAAACGCCUAUUGUCUUGCACGCCUUUUCGUGGCUGGCUCGAACGGUUCCUGUCCCCCCACACACACAUACAUACGCAUCAACGGUUUAAAAGAUGAUCGUAACACAGGGCCGCCGUCCAGGCGCCAUGCAACAUGGCGUUCGCAGCAUAUUACCUCUUGUUUUAACGGCCUGCCUGUUUCUCGGGGCGGCCAAUGCCUCUGUUGGUGACAGGUUACCGGAAUUCCGGGAGUGCGUUCAGGUCUGCUUACACGAGAACUGCGAAGCUGGCACUCUUGCACACAAGGUCGAGACACCGCUCAUAAACCGUCUCCUAUUGUGGACCUGCCCGGCCGAGUGCGACUACACGUGUCAGCACAUAAUCACCAGCGAUCGCAUCGAGUCUGGCCAGCCCGUAGUCCAGUUCCACGGCAAGUGGCCCUUUUACCGCGUCCUGGGCAUGCAGGAGCCCUUCUCGGUCAUCUUCUCGGCUGGAAACCUCUACGCCCACCUGCUCGGCUUCAGGUGGCUCCGCCGCCACAUACCCGAGUCGUACCCGCUGCGCAAGUACUACGUCGGCUUCUCCUUUGCUGGGGUCGCCUCGUGGCUGUUCAGCAUCAUCUUCCACACCCGCGACACCAGGGCCACCGAGCAGCUCGACUACUUUGCAGCCGGCGCCAGCGUGCUGUACGGCCUGUACCUGGCCGUCAUUCGCAUCUUUCGCCUCGACAGGCCCGGCUCCACCGACGGAGGCAAGACGCCCACCGGCACCGCUUCGUCGUCGUCUUCGAUAUCCAGCAGCACGCCCCGCGCCAUCCGCCUCUGGACCGCCGCGUGCCUGGUCGCCUACGGCUGCCACGUCGCGUACCUCAAGCUCGUGCGCUGGGACUAUGGCUACAACAUGGCCGCCAACGUCUGCGUGGGCCUGGCCCAGAACGUCUUGUGGAGCGCGUUUUCGUACCGCAAGUACACGAGGGAAGGCAGGACCUGGGCCACGUACCCAGGCCUGGCCGUCGCGUGGAUCAUGUUGGCCAUGAGCCUGGAGCUGUUUGACUUUCCGCCGCUGUGGGGCGCCCUCGACGCCCAUGCGCUGUGGCACCUGGGCACUAUUGCGCCUGCUGUUCUUUGGUAUAGUUUUCUGGUCAAAGAUGCCCAAGACGACAUGGCAUCAGCAGAAAGAUUCAAGGAUUGAGUUGGAAAUUUGCGAGGGAGUUUCAUGUAGAAGGAAUGUAUAAACAUUAAGUGUCAUCUCGUGUUCAUUUGUACAAAGGCUUGCGCGAUUUGGUGUGCUGCUGCUGCUGCUGCUCCUGUGAAUGCUGUUGCGAAAAGAGGUGCACCCAAAGGCUCAAAACUUGUUUUUGAGCUGUUUGCGUUGCAUGUGCAUGCUCCAACAAAAUACACAUAUACUUAAUUAUAAAAUAUGAAUUGCAAAUAAUACAGAAAGCCAGAUAUGUACCCAAGCC